ACCAACAUAAAAGUUAGACGGGCCGCCUCCCGACUCCCGAGCUGAAAGCGCACCCUCGUCUAGCCCCUCUCCUCCUCACUCGGACAACGCAGCGACGCUGUGCCCCCUGCGCCUCCUCCUCUCCGUCACCAUCUGCCAGAUCCGAGCUAGCUCGCCGACCUCGACCCCUAGUCCUAUGGCGUCCUCACCAUUGCGGGGGCGCGGUCAAGGGAGCUAGGUUUCCGCAGCCACUGCGUCCCUUUUCUCUUAUUUGCUGCUCCCGUCGUCGCAUUCUUGUGCUGCUCCGUGUCCACCGUUUGCAUUCUUCCCAUUUGCGAGCUUGGUGUGGUGAUCUGCCCUAUUCUUUCUAAGUUUGACGAUUCCACCUUGGACGAGGUUGCUUCCUGGUGGGUGGAAAAAUGAAUCGGAGCUUUAGGGCAGGAGCAGCGACAGGGAGAACGGUGACGAAAGAGGCGGACGAGGAGCUCGCCCUCUUUCUCGAGAUGCGCAAGCUGGAGAAGGAGCGGAACAACCUUCUCCUGCACGGCGCCGGCGAGCUCGAUCCGCCUCUGGGUAAUGUCGUCAUUAGGUUUUCCUUUCUUGAAGAAAUGACCAGUUUUUGUUCCUUUUACCCUCUCUCGGCCGUCAGCUGCAGAUUCCUUGCUAGCAAUACGUUUACUUUGGCCGCUCUUUUCUAUGUUUCCUGCAUUGUAGGGGCUAAACCUGGGACUGCUCCCAUAUUCAAGAUCGCCUCAUCAGCACCGGCGCGCAAGGCUGGAAUCGAUGACUUUCUGAAUUCGGACAGUGAAAAGAAUGACUAUGACUGGCUUCUUACGCCACCAGGUACUCCACUUUUUCCAUCUCUAGAUACUGAAUCUAAAAGAUCUCCUGUUGGCAGCACUGGGACUCCAAAAGCUCGCCCCACGGUGCUGAAAUCUAGGUUAGCAAAUUCUCCAGAUCCUUCAAGGAGCACACUGGCACCAAGGCAACCAGCAUCAUCAUCUGGCUUGAACUCUGCGAUUGGAACCCGCAGACCAUCAUCAUCUGGUGGUCCUACUCAUAGUUCAUCUAGACCUGCAACUCCAACCGGACGUUCAACGUUACCUGCUGCUUCAAAACCAACAAGACCUUCCACUCCCCCUUCUCGAACUACUUUGCCGUCAAAGUCAUUGGCUCCACCACGAUCGUCAACACCUGUUAGAUCUUCCACGCCGACAUCUAGGCCAUCAGUGCCGGUAGUCAGCAAGCCUUCAUCAAGGUCAGCUACCCCUACAAGACGACCUUCUGUGCCAUCUACUGUAUCAUCCAGUUCUGCUCCAUCAAGUAGAUCAUCUUCUGUCACGAAGUCAGGUCCAACAAUAUCUAAAAGUUCAGUGCCGCCACAUGGAAGCUCUCCAACCAUAAAACCUAGACCAUUGAAACCCACAGACAUCCCUGGUUUUUCUCUGGAUGCACCCCCAAAUUUAAGGACAACAUUGCCUGAGAGACCCUCCUCAGCUUCUCGGGGUAGACCUGGAGCUCCCAGCAGUCGAUCAUCUUCUGUUGAGCCUGGGCCAAACAUCCGUCCAAGGAGACAGUCUUGCUCUCCAUCCAGAGGGAGGGUUCCAAACGGUAAUGUUCAUAAAGGCAGUUCCAUUCCACCAUCAAGCAGACCACAAGCAAGUGGCAGUGACAAUGUGAACCCUGUUAUAAUUGGAAAUAAGAUGGUUGAACGCAUAGUGAACAUGAGAAGACUUGCACCUCCGAAGCAAGAUGAACAACGAUCAAGCCAUAAUAACUUCUCUGGCAAGUCUUCUCUUUCACCAGAUGGUGCUGGUUUUGGGAGGACUCUGUCAAAGAAAUCACUGGACAUGGCGUUGAGGCACAUGGAUAUCAGGCGGAGUGUUCCUAACAGUUUGAGGCCAUUGAUGGCAAACAUUCCAGCAUCAUCCGUCUAUAGUGUGAGGUCAGGAGCCACCAGAAGCAGAACAGUCAGUGUUUCGGACUCUCCUCUGGCCACAAGCAGCACAGUCAGUUCUGAACAAAGUGUCAAUAAUAACAUGCUCGGUCUCGAUGGAAGUGAAAUCGAAGAUGAGAUUACUAGUGAUAAAAGGGGCAGGUGCCCUCCUGCUGUCCCCUACACCAGAUGACUAAACGGAAAAGUUACAUUCUGACUAAUUAUGUGGAAUCUAAGGUGAGUGCUUUUAGUCUCUCCUAUGAAUUGUUACUGGAGUAGCCGAGGAAUGCCUAUUUUUUGGCCCGACCUGAUAAUAUUAGUACUUCCAAUUUGAUCUGUCCGGAUUGCUUGUUGGUGGCAUUAUGGUACAAAUGUAUUAAUCAUCUGAGUCUCUUCUACAUGUGGAAGUAGGUAUUCAAUGAAUUGUAUGAUCUGUUACCACACAUUUCCAAGACCAAUGCAGAUUGCUAAGCUUCCUAUUA